AUGUCUACAUCCCAAGCCUCUCCCGAUAAAUACACUGAAGUGAGAGAAGACAUUGCCAAGGCAUUCCCCAAUGAAGAAUAUGAUGAUGGAUCAUUUGCUCCUGUUGUUCUUCGCUUAGCUUGGCAUGCCAGUGGUACCUAUGAUAAGAACCACAAGGAUGGCGGCAGUGAUGGCGCUACCAUGCGUUAUAAAGCUGAAGCAGAGGAUCCUGCCAAUGCUGGUUUAGAACAUGCCAGACACUUCCUUGAACCUAUCAAGGCCAAGCACACAUGGAUCUCAUAUGCUGAUUUGUGGACUCUUGCUGGAUGUGUUGCAGUUGAGCAAAUGGGUGGUCCUCACAUUGAAUGGACUGGUGGUCGUCGCGAUAAGGGUAAUGAGACCGACUGCCCUCCUCUUGGUCGUCUUCCUGAUGCUGCUCUCGGAAAGGACCAUGUGCUUGAUGUCUUUGUCUCUCGCAUGGGCUUCACUGUGCAAGAAACUGUUGCUUUGAUUGGUGCUCACACUGUUGGUCGUUGCCAUGCUGAUCGCUCUGGUUUCGAUGGUCCUUGGACUUAUAAUCCCACUCGUUUCUCUAACCAAUUCUACAAGCUUUUGCUCAAUGUUACAUGGGUUGAAAAGAAGUGGGAUGGUCCCAAGCAAUUCGUUGACGAAGAUGAAGGAGAGAUUAUGAUGUUGCCCACUGAUAUGGCACUUUUGGAGGAACCCUUCCGUCAAUAUGUUGAGCUCUAUGCUAAGGACCAACAAAAGUUCUUUGACGACUUUGCUGCUGCUUUCCUCAAGUUAAUAGAGCUAGGUGUCGCAAAGAGAUCAAAGAUGUAA